CCGCCAAAGUGAACGCACGUAGGCGCACGAAAAAAAAAAACGCAAAAGUGUGUGUGUCGAAUUUGUAAUCAUAGAGAGCAGAAAAGCAGGCACACAAGCAAUAGCAAAAGCAAAGACUAAAGAACGUGAGCAGAUUGAUAUUGAUCCGGGAAGCAAAUAAAAGAAGCACACACACGCACACGCACACACACACAUGCGAGUGCAUGUUUAAAAGAAUAGACAAUUGUGUAUUGUGUUUGAAAUUGAAGUGGACAGGUGCGCGAUAAGAUUAACUGGACUUAACUUAAUUAAAAGCACAAGCCAACGACGACUUGAGCCCAAAAGCAACAAAGACAAAAACUAAUAAAAGACGUGAUAAAUUAUGUAGACUGUCGCCGUCGCAGUCUCAGCAGCUAAAUCAUAUAAACAAAUAACUUUCAAAGUUCAAAACUUCAACAUGUAUGUGGCCAACACCACGGGCGGCUUAAUGCUGCAGACCAUGCUCUACUUGGCCAAUCACACGAGUCGUGCGGCAGUCAACACGCUGAUCGAUUUGCCACCGGCGCCCAAAAGCGACAUAAACGAGGUGAAGUGCUAUGGCGUCUACGGCUGCUUUCCCAUCAACGGACCCUGGAACACGGUGACGCGGACUAUCAAUGUGCAUCCACAGAAGCCCUCGGAGAUCGAGCCGCACUUUACGCUGCACACACGGCGCGGCAUGGAUCAGCCCAAGUAUAUAGAUCUGAACGAUCCGGAUAGCGUGCAGACAAUGGGGAUAAAUCCGCGUGGGAAGAUCUAUUUGCUGGUGCAUGGCUAUCUGGAGUCGGGCGUCAUACCCUGGAUGACGGACAUGGCCAAGGCGUUGCUCAAGCAUUGUCCGGAGCACGAGUGCGCCACCAUACUCAUCGAUUGGGGCGGCGGCGCGAGUCCGCCGUAUGUGCAGGCAGUGGCCAAUAUCAGAUUGGUGGGCGCCAUAACGGCGCAUGUGGUGCACAUGCUCUACGAGGAGCUGGGUCUGCCCAAUCUGGACAAUGUGCACAUCAUCGGGCACUCGCUGGGCGCGCAUUUGUCCGGCUAUGCGGGCAUGCAUUUGCAGCAGGACUUUGGCUUGAAGCUGGGCCGCAUCUCGGGGCUGGAUCCGGCGGCGCCACUGUUCACGGACACGGAUCCCAUUGUGCGCUUGGAUCGCUCGGAUGCCAAAUUCGUGGAUGUGACGCAUACGGAUGCAAAUCCGCUGAUGCGCGGCGGCUUGGGCAUUAUACAGCGCCUGGGCCAUGUCGACUUCUAUCCCAAUGGCGGCUUCGAUAAUCCAGGCUGCGACAAGAAGCUGCAGGACGUGAUGAAGAGCAGCCGCAAGGCGACGCUCUUCCUCACCAUGCAGGAGUUCCUUGGCUGCAAUCACAUUCGCAGCGAGCAGUACUACACGGAGAGCAUUGAGAGCAAGUGCCCCUUUAUGGGCAUCACCUGCGAGAGCUUCGACAGCUUCAAGGAGGUCAAGUGCAGCAGCUGCGAUGAGCCAGGCCGUCUCUGCAUGCGCAUGGGCUUCCACAGCCAGGAGGACUACAGCAGGCAGCUUGCCGCAGGCGCCAUCAAGCCCAAUCAGGAGCCACCCGUGUUCUAUCUGAUGACGGGCGAGCGUGCGCCCUUCUGCCGGCUGCACUACAAGAUUACGGUGCGCGUGUCCAGCCAUGAUGAGAGCACGCUGCAUGGCGGCGAGGUGGGCACCUUGUCCAUACGUCUGCAUGAGGCGCACAGCAAGCUGAGCACGGAGCGCAUGAAGUUCUCAUCCAAGGCCAUGUACUUUGAGCCGGGCUUUGAGUAUACAGCGCUGCUGCCUGGCAAGGAGCUGCAUGAUCCUGGCCACGCCACUGUCUUCUGGGAGUACCAGACCAGUCCCUUCAAUCCACUCACUUGGCGUAUACUCAGCUCGCCGCGCAUCUACCUGGAGUACAUCCUAAUCGAGUCGCUGGAGUCGAGCGAUGUGUAUCUAAAGCUCUGCCCGCUGCAUGAGGACGCCAUACGCUCGGGCACGGAGAACGUGCUGCACACCAAAUACUGCAAGGAUUAAGCUCCAGCUCCAGCUCCAGUGGUCGUCUAGCGUUGAAAACAAAAAGCUUUUCUGUGAGUUUGCCCAACAGGCGGCAACGGAUAUUUGCGCUUAGCUUGUGCAACAACCGCAGCGGUUGGUGUCUCUACUGCUGCUGCAGCAGUGACACCAACUCAUUUGGUAUUUUCUGCUAUAGUAUUUUUUGCUUAGUGCUUUUAGUACAGUAAGUUGUUUAAAUACAAUUUACUUUGUUUUUUUUUCUAAAUUCAAAUUUAGGGGCGGGAC